AGGAUCUCAUAUACCGUGUCAAACGAUGUCUCUUUGACUUAAGACAAUUUGUAUUUGUAUAUACAUCCUUCUCAUCCUGCAAACAUGGUUUAAACUUUGGUACUAAAAUAAUUAAUUUUUAAAAGUAACUAGCAAUCACGACGCUUAGCGUCUUAAAAAUUACAAAAACAAAGAAGGCUUAUUCAGUAUCAUUAUGUAUGUAUAAUAAUAUAAACCAUCAUCGUCUAUAAUGGACGCAAUAAUGGAUUUUGAUAUCCGGGACAUCAACAGAUGCCCGGUAGCGUGUGUCUUGAAAAUAGGUAUAUUUAUAUGCAUUGGUAUCUCGGUUUUGUGUGUACCACUCCUGAAGCCUCAUGGACAGUCGCGCAAUUACCACCGGGGUAACACCAUGGGCAGGGAUGCCUUGUGCUUCUGUUGUGACGCCUGUGGCUGGGUGGCUCAUUUUGUACGCUUUAUAUUACAUAUAAUAGAAUAUGUGAUUAACUCAAUUAUGUCAAUCUUCAAAUAUUGUGUAUCAGUGAUUUCAUCCAAACUUGGAAGAAAUAAAGGGAAUCAUGUAAAUGAGGGUGAUGUAUGCCAAAAAGGAAUAGAAAUUAAUAAACAAGAGAAAUAUAAAGCUCAGAAGUAUAGAAGGCCUAAGAAUCAAUGCAGAGAAGAAGAGUGUCCACCAUCAGAUGAUGAUGUCUCUGUCUCACCAUCGUGGGAGACGGAAUCAGAAUCCUCUGAUUCAAGUGGUCAUCCGAAUUGUGAUAGAUGUUCCAGAUCAUUAAGUGAAUGUGUAGGUGAUUGUCCAGUUAAAGCGAAGCACUGUGAUGCUAGCUGCACAAGCGAAGUUGAGAUAUUACAAGCGUAAUAAGUAUGUUUACAUAACAACGCUUGUUUUCUUGAGAUUUUCAGUUGCAACGUACAAUAAAAUAAUUUGGACAAGAACUUACUAAAGAAGUUUGAAGUUAAAUAUAAAAUUUCGAUUCCAUGUUCAAAGCAGGAAAAAUAAAUAUAUAUUUUACUGUAGACAUAUUUAGAGCAACAUUACGUUUAGUUACAAACAUUAUGGUGAUAUUCAAGACACAAGGGAAAUUUUUUAAAUGUUCACUUUACUUUUACAAAUAUUUUUUUACUAAACACAUCUCUGUUCCGCGAUUUAUAUUGAAAUUGACGAAAUAGUACUUGAUGUUUUUCUUGUGAUCAUGAAAUUAGUAAAUACAUUUUGAGAUAU